AUGAAAUCAAGUCGACGCAAACAGACAACCCCAAACCGUGUAGCAGCAGGAUCUGGUGUGUCUGAUCUUUUGGGUGUCAUAACAAUGAACACCUCAGAUAAUGGUACAGAAGGUGUACAGAUAAGCAAUGGCAGUGUUAGUAUCGGUCAGCUGACCAGUAGUGAUAGCUCUGACAGUGAACAGCCUCUGAACAUGCAUGUGUCCACCCAUGCUUGGCCACACUGCUCGAAAGCAUUUUCUAACAAGGAGGAGUUGCAGGAUCACCAAAUAGACAUACACAGAGUGGGAGGGAAGAAGCUGCGGAUGGAAGAUCCUGUUGAUAACUUUCCAACUGUGUACCAUAGACUUGGCCAUGAGCUUCAGGAAAGUACUGAUUUGCCUGUUACAAAUGGUCAUUUGGAGAAUGAGCUUUCACCUGUAGCUGCAGCUGCUGAUUCAACAUCAUCCCCUUCAGGCACACCUCAAACAUCCUAUCUGUCAGCUGCAGAAAAACCUACUGAGGAGUUGUCAUAUUCAGAGACUCUUCAACCGCCUCCAUCAACUCCAUCAAAGAUGAGCAAAGAAGCUAAUGGUGAGAUGGUGAAUGGCAAAUCUGACAGAAUUUUCCACAUGGAUGCCUAUUGUGAAUUAUGUGAUAGGGAGUUCUGCAAUAAAUACUUUCUAAAGACACAUAAAGCCAACAAGCAUGGUAUUUAUGAGGAUAAUUCUCCUCCUGCCAACAAUGUCCCUCUUCCAUUUCCCGGAUUAAUGAUUCCACAAGAUCCAUUAGUUUCAUUAAAUUUUAGUAUGGAUUCUUUGAAGCCUCCAUCAUCUGAACCACUUAUGCACUGGCCAUUUAAACUAGAACCUCCUCAGCAUGCCAAGAAACCAGAGAGUCCUUCAAGUGUGAAAUCCACAGAUAAUAGUAUACCUCUUUUCCCUAUGUCCUUACCUGGUUUAGAAAGUCCAAAGGCCUUAACAAAUAAAAGCAGUAGCAACAACUACAACAUGGGGAAUAUUGCCAAUUCAACUUCUUCAAGUAUUUCAUCAAAUUAUCCUACCUCUACCUCCAUACUAACAACCAUCACCAACAGCAUUAAGAAGGAAGCAUCUUCUAGCACCACUCCUCAGACUAAUGAUCCAAGCAUGGAAGACUACUGCCACAUUUGCCAGAAACAUUUCUGCAAUAAAUAUUACCUUAAGAAGCAUAAGCAGGAUGUACAUGGUAUCAUCCCUGAAAAUCCGCCCAGCACCUCUAACAAAAGAUCCCGAUCAAGUCUGCUUGACUUACCCCCUAAUCAUAUGAUGCUUCCCCAGCCAUUUGCUAGUCUCGCAGGAAUGCAUGGACUCCCUGGCAUGCCAGGACUCCCUAACAUGUCCAGUAUACCUCACGGAAUGAUGGUCAUUAACCCCUAUAGCUUGCCUCCUGUGGCUAUAAUUCCUGCUGGAUCUCUUAUGCCUGGUCAGCAGCUUCCUCCCCAUUCUCACCCUAUCAUCUCUCAACCCAUGAGCAUAACAUCACUGCCUGAUUCAGCUCUCCUCCCCUCUGCACCACCAACAUCCUCAUCAGCAUCUACUGCAAACUCAGCUGACUACUCUCCAAACAGACCAAGCCCAAAUGCCCAAGAAGGUGGAGUCCACUGCAGUAUAUGCUCCAAAGAAUUCUGUAACGAAUUUUAUCUCCAGAUUCAUAAAGAAAGCAAGCAUGGAAUGAGAAAGGAACAUGGAGAUGGGCAAUGGAGCAAUAGUGUCGCAUUACUGAAGGAAAGCAGGCAGGAAAGCCCAACAACCACAUGCAGCAUAACAAAACAUGAGCCAUCUACAGGGCAGAAAAGAUCUCCUGUUGAUUCUGCUUCAUCUGGUGAAGGUAGUCCCAUAUUCUGUAACUUGUGCAGUAAAGAAUUCACAAAUAAGUACAUAUUUAGGAUACAUCGCAUUCACGACCAUGGCUUAAAUGAAUUAAUGGACCCGAUGCUGAUGGGAAAUAAUGGCAUGCUACACAAGGAGGAUGUAAUGAGAAGUAUGAACGAAACUCUGAUGUUGAUGACUGCAGGAGCUUCUCCUCUUAACCACAUCUCUAAUUUUGGUUUGCCACAUUUAAAUAAACCACAGGAGAGCGCAGUAUGUGAUAUAUGCAACAAACAAAUGGCAAACCUUUACUUCCUUCGUCUUCACAAAUUUCAUGUCCACGGUAUUGACCCAAAUGCCAAUGACAAAUGUGAGACAAAACCCCCAAAUUCCCCGGUCCUGUCUAUGUCUAAAUCCAUCACUCCCACGUCUUCAGGCAGCUUGUCUGUCAAUUCAGCCAGCCAGCCUUUAAAUCUGGCUCACCAUCAUAGAAAGUCGCCUAUGCUUCCAUUUCUCCCACCCAAAAUGGACUUCAAAGACAUGCCUCCAUUUGCGGAUUUCGGCCGAGAUUUUAAAAGCUAUAGAGAUGUGCCUUCGUUCUUAACAGAAACUUUUAACCAUGAACUCUUUGCCAGGUCUCAAAGCCAAUCUAGACAUUUAGAUCUAAACUUUUUUGGCCUACCUCCUCUGGGAAAACUGCCCAGUGACGACAGCCUUAAAAUGAACUUUGACCCAGAGGCUUAUUGUGAGAUAUGCAAAAAAGGAAUUCUUGAUGCAAUUUCAUCUUCCACGGCUAAUAUUAAUGGUAUUAAAAGUGAUGCAAUUUCCUCUUCCAUGGCUAGGGGAUCAGGCAGUGAUAUAAUAUAUUCUAUGUCUCCACUAAAACCAACUAUCAGUACUAGCAGCAGCAGCAGUACCAGCCUCGGUGCUGGCAAGUCACAUGAAAUGCUGGACAAGAGUUCGUGGAGGUGGAAACAGCCCAUCAAUUCUUCCCGCGUCAUUUGUGACAUUUGCAAUAAAGAAGUAUGCAACAGGUAUUUCCUCAGGACUCAUAAACAGAAAAAGCAUGGAAUAGCCCCAUCGUCCCAUUCACCAAAUGUUAGCACUAGUGGGUCGCCUGUAGCUUCAGACUGCGACACUGCGUCCAAUGCAUCUAGUCAACCUGAUGAGAAACUGUUUAGGAUGGAUACAUUCGCUCCUCAGAUAAUGUCUCUACCUUCGUCAGAAAGACAACUCGAGAAGUUCAGGACGCAGUCACCGAACUUUGGAGAAGAAAAAGAAGACAUUGCUUUCAAUAACAACGUAGAACAAUGCGAAACCUGCAACAUCUGUAACAGAAGAUUCAAAAACUUAAACUGGCUAAAAGACCAUAUUGUCAAAGAACACUCCAACAAUGAAGCUUUGGAUAUGAGAUCGAAAAGUUCUCAUCGUCUCUAUACAUGCCAAGUCUGCGGAACUGAUUUUAAAACUGAACUCUCAGUUCAACUUCACCUAAUCCAGGAACACAAUGCCCGCGUCACACUCGAAACCGAUGAACCACAGGUCCCUACGGAAGAAGCCAGCUUACCCAAUGGAGAUGGGAACAGCAGUAAAGUAGCUGAACUGAGUGGCAGAUGGACUUUAAAGAAGAAACUCUCCACCCAUCGCCGGCUGAAGAAAUAUGUCUGCACCCGUUGUGGAUUCGACAGCCAUUGGUUGUCAUCCUUACUCGACCACGAAAUGAAUGAACAUGGAAUCAUUUCUGGCACAGACCCAGUGUUCUCAUGCAAGAGCUGCCACAGCUCACUGCCCUCGUCAAGCGCACUUUCAGCCCACUUGGUGAUUGUUCAUGGAUUCACUAGCGAGGAUGCUCUCCACGAAGUGAACCGCACAGAACCUGCUGUCCCAAACAAUUUCAAAUGUGCACAUUGCUCCGCAGUCUUUCCUACCCGCUCUUGGGGUAUGGCACACGUUCGCCAUGUCCACAUUCGCAGUCGACGAGAUUUAGCAGUAAAGAAUUCGUUUGAGAAGAGCUUACUGCGAUGUCCUUCCUGUCCAUUUAAAACACACUUUUCCUUCCGGCUGCAGAGGCAUGUUAAAUAUCGUCAUAGAAAUAACCUACGGUUCCCACAUUCAGUCUACCCAUCGCUUUCGUCUUGCAUCAGCACCCAAGGAUCUUUUCCAAAACUAGCCAGUGUUCCAAGUACUACGACGGCUUCUAGAGAAGACAGCGUACUGGGCACUGCCAUAUAUAAAAGUAUAGCUGCUUCGAUUCUGUCAGUGCCUGAAACUGGCAGAGCAGAUGCUUCUGCAGCUGAUAGAGACAAAUUACUUUUACACAACUUUAAGCUGCCUCUGGGUCCUGGCUCGGCUGAACCUGCACCUUUCAAGUUCACCAACCAGACAUCUGUGUCUUCAGCAAUGGUUGGUUUGUAA